UUAUAAGAUGGUCCUUACUUAGAAUAUUUAAUUAAUUAUUAACAAAAGAAAAGAAAACAAUUACGUCAUGUAUAUACUAUUAGGCUAUUGGCGAUCCUUACCCUUUUUAACUUAGCAAUUUGAUAAAAGUAAUUAACUUUCUAAUUACCAAUACUGAAAUCUUGCACUAAAAUCUACCAUAUCCUAUAUUUAGUUGGCCACCCUUUUAUUAUUAGAAAGAGAAAAAGAUAGAGAUUAAUACUAAGAAAAAAUGGCGCCAUUGUUUGUAGCCGUUAAUUAACCCCCAAAUAUAGACACCACUAUAUAUAACUUUGUGAGGCAUCCAAAUUGUUUGCAUAAUUCCUUCCUCUAAUAAAUGAAUAUAUUUUGGAUUAAAAAAAACUCUAAUGUACUUUCUAUGGUAUACAAAUUACAUUGAUUUGUAACUAUACACAAAAUCAUGCCACCCUCAAAUUCUCUUUCCUUAAUUUCUUUCUCAUCUUCAUGUUCAAUUUUUAAGGCGAUGUUUUGAGUUUUGGUUAUAUAAAUCUCUUUGAGAAGGGGAGAGGAAAUUAGAGAAAAUGGAUGGCUCAAUGAGCAUGGGAGUUAUGGCUGUUUUCGCGGUCUCUGGAAGUGUAGCACUCCUUGCACUCCAAGUCCACAAUCGCCUCCUUUCGGAUUUUAUGAAGAAAAUUGAUUUCGAAUUUGGAUGUGGAAAAUGUCAAUGCAAGAGAAGAAUUCAAUUCGCGGAUAAUGUACAAGAGCCAUUACCCAUCAAAUGUGAAAAGGAAUCAAGUGAAACUAACCCCGCAAAACCAUGUUGUGAAAGGAGCUACAAUGGAGAAGGUACAAUGCCUCUUAACAGGUUGGCAUUAUACAGAGGCAUAAUUAAGAAUAAGAUGUCAUUUCCUAAGUCGGAAUAUAGAGUCUCACGAGGAAGGAAUGUACUUUAUGUUCAUACUAAUAGCUACUAAUUUUUCGAUGUAUA